AUGAAGCGUGCCGUCUUGAACAAGCACACCCCGUUGAGCGAGGACAUCAUACGCAAGCUCCCCAAGGCCGAACUGCACCUCCACCUCGACGGCAGCGUUCGCAUCGGCACCAUCAUCGAACUCGCCGAAGAGCAGGGCGUGGCACUGCCUUCGACCAACUACGAUGAGCUGAAGGACAAGAUCUACGUCGGCGAAGACUGCACCUCGCUGGUGGACUACCUGCGCGCCUUUGACAUCACCCUCAGCGUGCUCCAGAAGCCUUAUGCGAUCACGCGCGUGAUGUACGAGGUGUGCGAGGACGCCGUGGCGGACGGCGUGAGGUAUUUGGAGGUCCGCUUUUCGCCCAUCCUCCACACCAAGGAGGGAAUGAGCCUCUCCCAGGUCAUGGAGGCCAUCUGCGAGGGCCAGCUCAUGGCCGAGCACAACCUGCCCAUCUUCUGUCGCAUCAUCGUGUGCGGCAUGCGGCAGCUCGACCCCAAGGACACCGAGAACCUGGCCGAGAUCGCAUGGCGCUACAAGGACAAGGGCGUGGCCGGAUUCGAUCUCGCGGGACCCGAGUACGGCUUCCGCUCCAAGACCCACAAGCCCGCGUUUUGA